AACACACGGCGAUUUUUCCAAACAAAAGAGGUUGAAACGAUUACAGAGAAAAAUGACUUGCACUUCAUAGAACAUUGAGGAAUUCUCCUCUCCGGCGAAGACAAGUCCCGGAUGACCCACGCUUCCCUUCUAGGAUUAGCGGUUCCCACUCUCUUCCGAUGGCAAAUCCUUACCGAUCAAGCGAUGGUCUUAGUGCGAGACAGGGCUCUAAUUCUGAUGAGAUCCAACUGAGGAUUGAUCCUGUCCAUGGAGACCUCGAUGAGGAAAUCUCGGGUCUUCAUUCCCAAGUUAGACGCCUUAAAAGCGUGGCUCAAGAGAUUGAAGCAGAAACGAGAAUUCAGAAUGAUAUCCUCUCUGAUUUGCAAUUGGCAAUGAGUCAAGCUGGGGCAGGGGUGAGAAAUGGCAUGCGGAGGUUGAAUAGAACGAUUACCCAGGAGCGCUCAAAUCAUAUCUUGCAAGUGAUUAUUUUUGGACUUGUUUGUUUCAGUGUAGUCUACUUCUGGUCCAAGCUAGUAAGAAGAUGAGGACCUAAAUUACUCCGAAAGAAAGGCUCUGCUACUCGAGAAUCAAAAAGUGUCGAUCUGUGGCCAUCAUGUGUGUCCAGGUGCUAUGAAACAGGUUGCAUCGUAAAACUAGUUUUAUGGCUGCAGUUGUGAAGGUUACCUAUGUAUGAAAGGUUUUCUAUCCUCCCCCCUCCCCAUGUUGCAGCACAUACUUGCUUACUGAUUUUCCAACAUGCGCGAAUUAACAAUGUUAUUGCUUUGAGAUUUAUCAACUUAAAAUGGUUAGCCUUGCCUC